UCGCCUGUAGGGAGGCAAGAGAAAGAGAGAGAGAAAAAUGUUUGUCGUAAAUAGUACACCAUACUACUCCAUGUUGCACCACCAUCUGCAAUUUGACUAAGGCACAACUGCGAACAAUCGGCCAAUCUAGAUAGGAUUGCAUCACAGGCUGCAAUCCAUUGCUAGUGCAGGUCCACGGUAUUUAAGCGGGGAGGAAGGACAUUUUAUGGGUAGCAGGGCUGUGCUGUAGCACACUCGACCGAACUUGACGUAGUGACCCCGACAGCGCCACAAGCAGCAGGCCAUUGACACACUAGGUUUUUGGUGGGACUCCUUAUCAAACAUCGUGGCAUUAAAAACACAACCGCUUCCGCUGCAAACAUUUAGAGACAUGUCAGAUGUAGAAUCCCAAAGUGACAGCAACCACGCUCCAGAGCUCCAGCAAGCUACGAUUUCAUGCAGCACUGAAGAUAGCCAGCAAAGCACAGACUCUCGCUUGGCAAAACAAGACGGGGACACGGUUGCAGCUGAACCAAAUAAGGAAAUUAAAGCUGCUUCAGCAGGCAAGAAAGUACCCCAGUGUCGUUUCUUUAAAACAACUGGGAAGUGUCGCUAUGGAGACGGAUGCAAGUAUGCCCAUGAGAUCGCAUCAACAGCCCAGGGGGAGGAGGGAUCUGCAGCAGAGACUGGGGCUGGAGGGGAUCACCAACAAGACCCACUGCCAAAAGCAUCUCGAGAGAAGUUGCCAGCCGCUGAGGAGGCAGAGCAGAAGAUCUGUCGCUUCUUUGCCCGCUCUGGCUGGUGCCGCAACGGUAAGAGAUGCAGAUUCCUCCAUGAGAGGGUGAAAGCAGAGCUGUCAUCAAACCGAGACGAAGUUGAUACAUCCAAAGGUGCCAGUGAAGAAAAUCCUGAAGAUGUUACCCAAGACGGGACAUCCAACCGAAAGCCCGAGGGUGAAACAAAGAAGAAAGAAAAGCCGAAGAAAGUGUGUCGGUACUUCAAGGCCGGGCAUUGCAGCACGGGAGAUCGAUGCAAGUUCUUGCAUCCAGAGGUUGAGGGUUCUUUGGGAUCUGAUGCCUCUACCCAAUGUGAGCCUGUCAAGUCCAGGCCGGCAAUGCCACGGCCAGACCCCAUUCGAGACAAAGCCGUCAGCAUGAAGAUCGCAGACCUUGGCAAGGAAGACAUGCUGCAGCUCAGAGAAAUGGAGAUUGCUCAACUGAUAAAGAGAUUCCCAGCCGAUCGGAUGACCCAAGUGGAAACGGAAGGAGCAGAUAGUGUCUUCAGAGUGACCGUUAGCCCCACAGACCCAGACUGGCCCUUUGACAUCACAGACUUUGAGUUUGAGUUAAUGUUUUCUGCCAGCUACCCGGCGGAUCCUUUCGUAGUCUCAAUGCCAGAAGAUCAAGUGCUGCCCAAUGCAGUGCUAACUCACAUGAAGGAGAGCAUUGAGGAAUGGAUUCUAGCCAGGCAUGGCACCAAUCAAAUCGCGGGCAAAGUAGAGUUGAUGUUUCGACCAUUCUUGAGAUGGCUGGACCGAAGUCUGGAGAGAUUGUUCACUGAAGCAGCCAAACAGUUCAAAAAAGUUGUUGACGCCAAGGCAGCAGGCAUAGAAUUUGUACCCUACGCUAAGCAGAAACCGCCUGAACCUCGAGAUAUUACACAGUACUGUGAUGUCAAUCAUCCUGUGGAAGCAGAGGGAGUGAUUGUCACUAAAGGAAAAACUUCUGACCAUAAUCGAGAGACUGCAGGGGAUGCACCCUCAGCUGAUACAGUCAACAGGCUCACUCGCCCUGAAGAAACCAGCAGGGCGAAUGAUGGUAAACUGGACACUGAUGCCACAUCUGAAGACAAACUCAACAGGUAUGCCGACUUGUUCAAUGUCCAGCGUCGAGGGACUGAGAUCAAGUUCAGCCAGAUCGAGCUCUCAGAGAGUGUCUCGACCUUGGUGGCGACCCUGAUCGGGGUCACCAUUCAGUGCGCUCGCUGCAAGAACCACUGUGAUAUCGUCACGCCCCCCAAGCGAGUCAACAUGGCCCGCUGCGGCAAAUGCCAACAUCAACAGUUGCUUACCUACAGGCAGAGCCUCAUACAUCACUUCACAGCAACACUGGGGUUCCUGGACCUCGAAGGCUGCUCGACCUUUGACCUCAUCCUCUCCCAAUGCGAGUUUCUGCUCGGAUGCCUCCAUUGCUCUGAAGAAACUAAAGUACAGGGAAUGCAGUUUGGUCAAACAAGAACAACAUGGUGUGAAAAAUGCCAUACAAAGAUGACUGUGUUUUUGGAGACGGCAAGAUUCCAUCAGCUCCAAGUACAAGCCAUGGAAACACAAGCUGGCCAGAAGGCCCAUGUGAUCCAAGUGAAACAGCUGCGGAACCAGGUGCACCCAGACAUCCAUGAGGGCCAGCCGCUACCAGACAAUGGCACCUGCAAACACUACCGCAAGAGCUUCCGUUGGUUCCGAUUCCCCUGUUGUGGCAAGUGCUACCCGUGCGACGAGUGCCACGAUGACAACGAGCCCGACCACGAGAUGAAGUACGCCACGCGGAUAAUAUGUGGGUUCUGCUGUAAGGAGCAGCAACACAUCCCUGACAAGCCCUGUAUCUCCUGCCAGUCGCUUACCACCAAGGGGCGGACAUCUCAUUGGGAGGGCGGCACAGGAUGCCGCAACAAGAUCAAGAUGAACAGGAAUGACAAGCAGAAGUUUAGCAACUUGAAUAAAACUACUUCCAGAAAGCAACAACGUUUGCAGGGUGACAAAAAAGCCUUGUAAAUAGCCUGCCAGUUACAUUUAGUUAGCAAUUUAGUUGCACAAUAUUUUACCAGUUAUUCAAUCAGCAAGCGUGACCGUAGUAGACAAAAGGUCUUUGUGGAUUUGUAACCACUUAAUUUUGGGAAAUAGUAGGGCUUUAGGUUUUGAGUGCAAAUUUACCUUUCUUAAAAUCAUUUUUUUUAUGAAUUGUGUUUUGUAUUCAUUGGCAUGACUGAAAGGUGAUUUCAAUAUGCGUGGUGAAUUCUGUGUGAUCGAAGUGAGAAACCACCGAUCUUAUGGUUUCCAUUUCUCAGUUCCUUUGUUGCAUAAAAGAGGAAGAUUUAUACAACGCUUUAAUUGACAAUGAUUUCAUCCUUUGUUGAAGUUAUUUUGAACUCAACUGUUAAAAAGAACUAAGCCAAAGACUGUGAUUGUUUUCCAGUGAAUUUAUUUCUGCUUUAUGACAUUUGCAGUUAUGAUUGUCGGGCCAAACAGACCUGCAUGUAUUUUUCCAUGACAGUUGGUCUUCAUCAAACUGUGAAAACACAAAUACCAUGUACAGUCUAUUUCUAUUGAUGCCAAUAUUUGAGCCAAUAAAAUUUGCAAUCACA